AACAUAGCCGCAGCUAAUCCAGCAGGUAGUGAGAGACCUUCGUCCCAAGGAGAGGACCGUGUUUCUAAGGCGUUAUUCGUGUGUUUGUGUCCGUGUCCUCACAACAUGCUCAACCCGCAGAGGUCUCUGUCCGAGCUGCCCAAGAUGUCCGCUGCCAGUCAAGUGGAGAGAGCCGUUUUGGAGGAGGAAUUCAACUGGCUGCUGAAAGAAGAAGUACACUCUGUUUUAAAGCAGCUCCAAGAUGUCCUCAAGGAGGCAUCUAGACGUUUCUCCACGCCGACGCCAGGCCUGGAGAGUCAGCAGAAACAGGAAAACUUCAUCCUCGGCAGCUCAACCAUGGAUCAAGUAAAGGGGGUGCUGACUCUGCAGGGAGAGGCUCUGACUCAGGCCGACAUAAACCUGAAGGUUGCAAAGAGCAGCCAAGUGUUGCAUUUUCAGUUCAGAGAGGACAAGCUGUGGAAACUGCAGCAGAUUCAGGAUGCCAGGAACCAUGUGAACCAGGCCCUCCAGCUGCUUGGCAGCCAUGAUGAGAGCUACCACUUCAAGACUGGGGCUGAGGUUAAUAAGCUCAUGGAUGCUGUGAUGCUCCAGCUGACGAGGGCACGGAACCGCCUCACCACCCCGGCCUCCAUGACGCUGCCUGAGCUUGCCACCAGUGGUCUAAUGAAAAUGUUCACUCCACCCAUGCCUGGGGAUGUGAUGGUGAACUUCUACAUUAACUUAAGCAAACUGUGCCUGACCGUCUACCAGCUUCAUGUGCUGCCCUCCAACACCACCAAGAAUUUCAAGCCAGCUGGAAGCUCAGUGUUGCACAACCCAGGAGCAAUGUUCGAACUCAACAACAACCGCUUCGAGGUGAGCCAUGUUCACAAGGUGGAGUGUGUGGUGCCGUGGCUCAAUGAUACGCUGGUUUUCUUCACCAUCUCGCUGCAGCUCUGUCAGCAGCUCAAGGACAAGGUAUCAGUCUUCUCCAGUUUCUGGAACUACAGGCCUUUCUGAUCCACUUCCUGUCCCUGCUCCAGAGACCGGCAGACGCAAACUAACUACGCAAGUGUAAGGGACAUCCUGGGAAGGUUUUAAUUUGUUUUACACAUGUAUUUAUCAUCCCGUCAUUCAGUGUCAAGUUUUGCAUGAUUAGCUGAAGGAGCCAAUGCAACCCCAACAGAUAUGAAUAUAUUCCCAGAUGUGUUUGCCAGCGGACGGACAUUUAUGUGUGUGCUGUUGCAUCUCACAGCACUGACUUGACCUCCACCAUGAUUUAAUGUGAUUGUUGAUGAUUUGUGCUAAGAAUUUAUUUUUGAAUGAUUUGAUUUGUUGCAUUGCAGUAACUCAGUACUUACUGUGAAUGUAUAUGGUUAUCUCUGUUGUGUGGUGCACUCGGGGCUGGAGGACUAAACCGCACAAAGAGGGCACAGUGGUCAGUUAUUUUUCUGAUGAGUUCCAUCUCAUUAGUUUCAAUGUUCAAUGUUUCUUCCUCUUUUGUGGUCCCUUAAAAUAUAAAGAGCACUCUUCUAACUUUACGUGUCAAGGUCAAGUUUGCCAAGUCACGCGAGAACCCUCUUACUGCUCGCUGGUUAGAUAUGUUGGAAAGUAAACAUUGGAGGAAGGCCCAAGCUCUUACCUGCCCAAAAGACUUCCAUUUAUUCUCCAGCCUACUGUUAUAACUGAUUCCAGAAUGCAAAGCUCUCCUGUUCCUGGUCUGGUCACAAUGUGAACAGCUUUGUUUAGAUCGUCCCUAGACAGUCUCACCAAGAGGGGACCUGGUGUCUGGACUAAACCACAUAGGCUUGGGUUUGGAGCCCACUCGCAUCAAAUCAAAUGUCUGUUAGAAACGGGAAGUGCAGCAUUUGAUAGAAGUGGGCAUUUACUAGGAAGGAAGGUUCAACAAAAGAUGUUGAGUUGCAGUAUGGGAUGUGUGUUUUUGGACCUAUAUUAGGAACUAAAGAUCAGGAUUUGACCACUAAGGUAAUCUGUUUUCUGUAAAUUCCCCAGCUGUAAGAGUUAUUUUGUAAUCUGCAUUUCCAGUUCAUCCAGUUGUACUCAUGAAGCUGUCCAACACUGGAUGUGGCCAUGGUCCCCUAGAGGACACUACUCACUUCUUUUGUACAACGUUCAGAACAUUAACAUUUCAUCAACAACUAUCUGUCAAGAUCUAGAAGAGUAAUGCCUACCUGAGCAGAUAAUGAAACCUCUUGUGUGUGUUAUCACAUCUUCUUCUCUCUUUGUUCACAUAGCCGGCCAGCCACAUGUUGUUAGUGCACGUGAGCGCUGUGCACUGCUCUCUUACGACGGUUACAGCUGACCAGAAGCGUUGCGUCCACCCUCCGGCUUGCCAAUGUUGCCGUUGUUGUUGGCACCGUUAGCAGCUAGCAGCUGGUUCACCCACCGGCAUGCCACAGUGUUGCAAAGAGAGGGCAAACGGUUUCAUGAAGGGGAGGAAAAGACUAAGGAUGCAUCGUAUUAGGAAAACAUGUCCCACUGUGAUCUUUGAACACAAACCUGUUGGUGACAGAUGGUGUCCCUUCAUUCUCAGACCCUACAGUGUUUGUGGACCAAUUCCAAUGGCUGGUCUUUCAGACACACUUUGAUGUGGACUAGCUCUGGAGUUCUCCUGCAACACUUCACACAGGUGAAGUCCUUUAAAGUAUGUGAGGGUCCAUCUUACGCCAUCUUCUCAUCAUGUGGCAUGGGUAGAGAGAUUCCGGCGGUUACGAGUCUAGAUGGUUGUAUUACUACACAGUCAUGUUAGAAAAUACUAAUUCUUUGAAUUCACAGUAAAACACCAUACACAUUAAAUGUGGGUUUUAAUGACAUUGAAAUACAGUGUUUUCAUGUUUGGUUUUAAGGCACAUCUGUUAUUUAAAGGGACAGUGUGUAGGAGUGGCUGUGAUUGACGUUGCAGAUUGCAUUCAACUGAACAACUCAACAAGUCUGCUCACUCCUUCCUUUCCUAAUGUGUAGGAGACUUCGGUGGCCUUUAGUCAACAUAAAAGUCUCUCUAGAGUCAGUGAUUGUUUUGUCCGUUGAAGGUUACCGUAGAAGCAUGGUGGACACUGAAGAGGACCUGCUACCUAUGUAGAUAUGAAGGACUCAUUCUAAGCUAGUAGAAACACUGCAAUUCUUAGUUUCAGAUGAUUAUUCACAAUGAAAACAUAGUUAUGUAGAUUAUAUUCUACUUCUGCUAAUAUAUUCACAGAAAUCUUACACACUGGCCCACAUUGGAUGUAUUGGAGAGUUUCCAACUUAGAUGUUGAUGUGAACGCUACUUCCAAGUUGGGAACUCUGACAUGGCCUUCAGGGGCAUGAGUGUGGAUGUUGGAGCUGGGCUGCUGCUCUAUUUUGUUAUUGUUUACUGCUCCAUUUGGUGGAAAUAACUGAACUCACAUUCCCUGUUUUUACUGCAUGGAUGUGACUAAAUGAUAAGCUACUGGUCACGUCUACUGAAGUCAUGUUUGUCUGCUCUAUUUUCAUAUUUAUUUGACACGUUUUGCACAUAUGUUGUUGAUUCCCUGUCAAUCAAACACUUCUAUCAUGAACAAAAAUGACUUUAUUCCAGUAAGUGUUAAUCUAUUUUGAAAAGCUGCCUCUCAUAUACAUGUGGAAAUUAUGUAUCUGAUAUCUGUGCAAUAAACAUAUUCUCAACAAUA